AUGACCAUGGAAUCGGGCGCAGAGGCACAGCAGGGUGCAGACACUGCUGUCUCUGAGAGUGAGAGCCAGCAGAUAGCUCAGGCACAGAUAGCCACUCUAACACAGGUAACCAUGCCAGCAGGGCAUGCCACCGCCAGCGGGCCCACAGUCACUCUGGUUCAGUUACCCAAUGGGCAAACAGUACAAGUGCACGGGGUCAUCCAGGCCGCUCAGCCCUCAGUCAUCCAGUCUCCACAGGUGCAGACUGUUCAGAUCUCCACUGUCGCAGAAAGUGAGGACUCCCAAGAGUCAGUGGACAGUGUCACUGAUUCCCAGAAACGUCGAGAGAUUCUGUCCAGACGGCCCUCUUACAGAAAAAUCCUCAACGACCUGUCCUCAGAUGCUCCUGGAGUCCCAAGGAUUGAAGAGGAAAAAUCUGAGGAGGAUGCUGCUCCUGCCAUCACCACGGUUACCGUGCCCACGCCUAUCUACCAAACCAGCAGCGGCCAGUACAUCGCCAUCACACAGGGUGGAGCCAUUCAGCUGGCCAAUAACGGCACAGAUGGAGUGCAGGGUCUUCAAACUCUCACUAUGACCAACGCUGCGGCCGCCCAACCAGGCACCACCAUUCUUCAGUAUGCCCAGACCAGCGACGGCCAGCAGAUCUUGGUACCCAGCAAUGUGAUAGCGGCGGCCUCAGGAGACGUCCAGGCCUACCAGAUCCGCACGGCCCCCACCAGCACCAUCGCUCCUGGUGUGGUCAUGACCUCCUCUCCUGCAGUGCCCAGCCAAGGGGGUGCUGAGGAAGCCACACGCAAGAGGGAGGUCCGGCUUAUGAAAAACAGAGAGGCUGCUCGUGAAUGUCGCCGGAAGAAGAAGGAAUACGUCAAGUGUUUGGAGAAUCGUGUUGCCGUGCUGGAGAACCAGAACAAAACCUUAAUUGAGGAACUCAAAGCACUUAAAGACCUGUACUGCCAUAAAUCAGAGUAA